AUGUCCCCCACCCCAGAUCGCAAGCCGCUUCACAACAUCGAUAUUCCCCGCCACCUUUCAACCUGGCCGGCCGACGCUCUGCUCUCUGACGUUGGGACCUUCCGAAUCUGGGACCGCACGCUGCAAGACCGAGUUGGCGCGACAAUUUACACGUACAUCACCACCGGAACUCUACCCGACCGUGCCGAUGCCAUCGACCGUGAAAAUGUCGAAAUAUUUGCUGUCCGCCAAGUCUCCGACGGUGUUGCCGGUAAUGUUCGCAAGUCCCUUCUCACCGUCGCCUCGACGCACGAACGCGCCCGGGCCUAUUACGAACACCUCGACCGAGAGUACAACCCGACGUCAUCACAGUCUACACUCCGUCUGCUCCACUCAUUCUUCAACAUUCCGCGCGCCCCCAUCGAGGAGAAGGGCUUCGUCGAAUGGAUGACCGAAUUCCUCGACCAAUCGAACUGCCUCGAGUCCGCCCAAAUCACGAUUACCGACGUCAUCACGGCUCGAGCCCUCACUCUUAUCCCCGACGAACUCGACGCAUUCCGGCAGUACAUGGAAUUGCACAACACCGACCAGCUCCCAACACCGUCAAACUUAAUGGCCCUUGCGCACAAACAGGUCAAGAAUCACCACGACACUCGCAAUGCCAGCUCGACUUUGACCGCGUUUGCUGCAACACCUUCACCGUCAUCAUCUUCGUCCAAACCGAAACUACCACCGGCUCGUUACCUCUGUCCCGCCUGCAAGACCGGCUUGCACCGCGUCCGCGACUGCCCCGAUGACGAAGCGCGACAACGUUACAUUGACCGGCGCAACCAACAACAACAGCAAUUCGCGACUCGAAACACAGAUCAACCGGAGGAUGAACCCGUCGUAGCAACAGUCUCGAGGUUCCAAGAUUUCCCAGAGCCUUCCACAAGCGCCGGUCAGAAUUGGUAAAGUCCCUCGCUCCCUCCAUCCGCUCAGGUCCCCCUACACCGGUCACUACGUCGUCGAUUACACUACCUAUCCCAACCUCCCUUCGUGCUCUUCUGGAAGCGUUCGAACGAGGGGGGGUGUUGAAUUUCAUUCUACUACAAGCGUUCGAACACUUCAACCUUGGGCCGCCGUUGUCAGGUCCGCCCAUUUUCGCCUCGGCGCCUUUGCCUUCGCAGCCAAGCCGCCGCCCCAUUUUCACCUCGGCGCCUUCGCCUUCGCAGCCAAGCCGUCGCCCUCCUGCCUCGCGCCGGCCUGCUCAACUCACGCCCGCGCGCCGCCGCCUCCACGCCGGGACUCUGGCCGUCUGCCCUCCAGUCUUGCUGAGCCAAUGCCUCCACUUAGUCACCAGUAUUCGAUCAACUCUACUACGUCAGCGAUGUAGUUAUAGCCAAGAGUGAUGAAUCCAUUUCAACAUACCUAUUCGAUCAACUCUACUACGUCAGCGAUGUAGUUAUAGCCAAGAGUGAUGAAUAG